UUGGUCAGGUGCCAGUGGCCUAUAUGUAUUCAUUAGAAAGCUUGGUCAUAUACAUAUCUUUAAACAAAUCUGUAGAAGAUAUUCCUUAUUUUGGCUGGCUGUCGUUCAUUCCUGUUUGUUUUUUGUGUGCAUGGUUUGGAGGGAGCAAACGUGUUGGUGUGUUACUGGGGAGGUUGUUGUUUGGGAGCAAGUAGUGUACAAGUUUGAGUUCUCGGUUGCUGUGACGUGUUCGAGUUGGAUUUCCCUAUUAUCGAGCAGCAGCCCAGUGCCACGUAUUACCCGACAACCACCCACCAACCAACCAACUCCAAAGCCAACAACCACCCACAACAUCCACCAACCAAACACUUGCUGUAGCUUCGCAAAAGGACCAAUGCACACCAUCGCCCAACGGAUCAAUGCCGUCUCUGCGGUAGCAACGACGACGAUCAUCUUCCUGGUCGCUGGGAUUGCGUUGAUCGGCUUGUUUGAAAAACCGGUGUUCGAACCAGCUCGGGUCGAAAUCUCUGAUGUCGAAGUACUGUGGGGUCAUGAUAGGAGGGAUCACUUUGAUCGACGAGACCGGGAAUGGACCAAUUUCAGAUUUGCUGUCGAAGCGGAUCUACGGCCUAUCUUCCGAUACAACACCAAGCAAAUCUUCGUCUACCUAGUAGCCGAUUACUCGACCCCAGAGUUCCCGUCGAACGAGGUAGUGUUAUGGGACCGAAUCAUCCGUAAUCCUAGGGAUGCCAAGAUCAAUCUCAGUGGAGCCCGGAACAAGUACGCUUUCAAGCACAUCGGCGGGUCCUUCAAGGACGUUAAUGCGACUUAUACUUUGCAUUACAACCUUAUGCCUAAAGUCGGCGCUUUAACUUGGGGUAUCGCUGGUCAAACUAAAUCUUCUGUCCCUUUCCCUCCUGUCAAUUACCGUAAACCUCUCAACCGUUAAACCCGACUCUCUCUAUCUCUAUCUCUUCCUUCCUUUGUUGUUGGAAAACAAAAACUUGUUUCAUACUGGGUUCUUCUUUUGUCUCCUUCUUCUUGGAUUUUCUUUUUUCUUUUCUUAUGAGACAAGCAUGAAUAUAUACAAAAAAAAUCAAUUCCAAUACGAUGACCCCCAAUACUAAAAAAUAAAUAAAUAAAAAAUGAAUAGAGGAACAAAAAAAACAAAAAAAUCUACAUUUCUUUUGAUUUACAAUUAUGAUCUCACUGCCAAAGCAGUUGCCUCCAAUAGCUCUGCCAUUGAUUAGAUUGUGAUGUGAUUAGGGGAAGAGGUGCUUUGGCCUUUGAUCAGGAGACUUGCAAGGCCAAGUGAUUAUUGUACAGUUGUG